ACUACUAGUAUGGAGGUUGCUAUAUCUCUGCUACUGCAACUUUUUGAUAUAUAGUGAAUUUGAUAGUCAAUUUAUGUUUGUUAUAACUUCAUAUUAAGUAAUCAAAUAAUUAUGGCAGUGCGUGCUCGUUAUGAAAAUAGUAAUGAAAUUGGAGUAUAUGCAAAACUCACUAAUACAUAUUGUAUGGUUGGUGUUGGUGCUUCUGAGAACUUUUAUAGUGUUUUUGAAGGUGAGUUAUCAGAUGUCAUUCCAGUGUUUCAUGCUUCUUUAGCAGACACAGCUAUUGUUGGACGUCUAAGCGUUGGUAACAGGCAUGGAUUAAUUGUUCCUAAUACCACUACAGAUCAGGAACUUCAGCACAUUCGUAAUUCACUUCCAUCUGGUGUUAAGUUACAGCGUGUUGAAGAGAGACUAUCUGCACUCGGAAAUGUUGUUGCUUGUAACGAUUAUGUGGCUAUAGUUCACCCAGAUUUAGACCGGGAAACAGAGGAGAUAUUGAUAGAUACAUUAAAUGUUGAAGUAUUCAGGCAAACUGUUGCAGACAAUUCAUUAGUUGGAUCCUAUUGCAGUUUUAGCAAUCAAGGGGGAUUGGUUCAUCCUAAAACAUCUAUAGAAAAUCAAGAAGAGCUAUCUUCGCUUUUACAAAUACCGCUCGUGGCUGGUACCAUCAAUCGUGGAAGUGAAGUCAUUGGAGGUGGUAUGGUUGUAAAUGAUUGGUGUGCUUUCUGUGGGCUUGACACUACAAGUACUGAAUUGUCUGUAAUAGAGAGCAUUUUUAAGUUAGGGGACUCACAACAAUCUGCUAUUACUUCUAGUAUGAGAGCUGCGCUUAUCGAGAGUAUGACGUAAGUGUUGCUGAUAUUAUAAAAGAUAUAAAACGCUGAAUAACUACUUUAAAAGUUUCCGUAUCAUUUAUGGCUCAAGCUCAUUAAACUCGGCUGUGUUUGUUUUUUAUUUUGUAUGUAUGUAUCUAGAUAUAUAUGCUUUUUAAAUAAAAAUCAACAAUUUUUGA